AUGUCACCCCUCAAGAACGUCGCUAUCCUUGGUGGAACUGGAUCUCUGGGAGAGGUUCUUAUCCCCGCCCUGCUCAACGCUGACUUCAACGUCACCUGCAUUACCCGUCCUGGCAGCUCAGCUGUUCUCCCAGCCAGUAUUACCAAAAAGAUAGCCGACUACGCUGACAGCGAGGCUCUUACCGAUGCUCUCAAAAACCAGGAUGUUCUCGUUGAGGCCUUCAAUCCUGCAGCCGCCAUUCAUCAGGAGCUGAUUGUCCGCUCAGCUCUAAAAGCCGGCAUCAAACACAUCAUCACUCCUGACUUUAGUGGUGACACUUUCCACCCUCAUAUUGGAGAGCUCCUCAUCUUUGAACCCAAGCUGCGUGCCAAGCGCGAGUUUGAAAAGAUCAUUGCUGAGUCUGAGGGUCGACUAUCUUGGACGUCUAUUAUUGUCGGGCCAUGGUUUGACUGGACUAUUGAAACUGGCAUCUUUUGGAUCAACAAGGAGCAGAAGAAGAUUUUCCGCUAUGGGUCUGGCGAUCAAAAGUGCAGUAUGAGCAGACGGGCACUGAAUGGCGAGGCUCUGGUUGCAAUCUUGCAAAACCCGGACAAGUACCAGAACCGACCUGCGUACUUUGCAAGCCACACUGUCUCAACCAACGAACUCAUCAAUAUCAUCAAGGUCUUGGAUCUUGAAGGGUGGUCGGUCACAGAUUUACCGAUUGGGGGACUCUACCAAGAGGCGCUCAAGCUCUGGGAGGAGGACACGGCGAACGGGGUUGAGAAUAGGCUCGGCUCCAGGGCAUAUCCGAUGCUUUCGACUGUGGCGGUUCUGGAUGAAAACAACCGCUACGGGUCCAACUUUAGUGACAAGGUUGAGCCUGGUUGGGAUGAGGGCGAAGAUGCUUUGAAGGAGUCACUCAAGAGGUUGCUUACAUAG